CAACUAAAAUCUUCGCUAUAUUAUUUUAAUCCACGGGAACCCUUUAAUAUGACAUACGGGAACACUUUUCUAUGACCUUCGUGUCGAAAUUUAGGUCAGCUAGUGCUAUAUCAUACCUAUGCUAUGACACACUAUAACGUUUUUUAUAAUAUUUUAAUACAUUUAAGAAGCAGUAGCCGAUGUUAUAUAAUGCUGAUCGGUAGUAUAGGCUUAAAUAAGAAAGUUAAAUUAUGUAUGACGGCGUUCGUGGCGGCGUCUUUAUUUGUGUAUAUAAUUCUGGCUCUCAGUGCUGGCCAGGUAUCACUUGAAAGCUUGAAAACGAAAAAAACGGGUUGGGUGAGUCCGUGGAAACUACAUUAUGGCAUAUACAAACCAAAGCCCGGACAAAAAAUAGCCAGAGUAGCUGAUAGAAAACGGAUUAUAACUAGAUUUGGCUUGGUGGAUAUAAUGUCGUUAAACGACAACACUCGUCUUAGUCACGACGACCUAUUAAGGGCUUCAGCAUUUUUCAUGUAUGACGAAUUUGAAAAGAACUCGCAGAAACAAUUUUUAACUUUCAAAAACCAGAAGGAAAAAUACCCGAAUUGGACGGAUAAUGAUCCACUCCAACCAAUGGGCAAACCAUUAUGUCCCAUUAUUCCUCCAGAGUUGAAAGGAAAAUUUAAAGAUAAACCUGACGACUCUAAUCAGCCUUCGUUGCAAAAUAUAUCAAUAGCAAACCCUGAUUUGACUUUAGGGGGUAAAUAUACCCCACCUUGUCACCCAAGAAGCAAAAUAGCGAUUAUUAUACCAUUACGAGGCCGAGAGACCCAAUUACGAACUUUGCUGGCGCAUAUGCACCCAAUUUGGCAACGACAGCAGAUUGACUACACUGUUUAUGUGGUUUCUCAAGAAGCGAACAACCGAACGUUCAAUAAAGCAAAGCUGAUGAACGCAGGGUUCCUCGAAGCAAGUAAAUACGAUACCUAUGAUUGCUUCGUGUUCCACGACGUGGAUUUACUGCUUGAAGACGAUCGCUGUUUAUACAGAUGCGUGGAUUCCGAUAAUGCAAGAAUUUUAGCGGCACGAAUGGAUAAGUUCAAUUACACAGAACAAGCAUAUAUGAUGCCUUGCAAGCCAAAGGAAUAUCCUGACGAAUCGCCAGCGAUAUAUUUCGGAGGAGUUGCAAUGAUGACCUCGAGGCAAUUUUAUAGAACCAACGGAUACUCCAAUCUUUUCUGGGGUUGGGGAUCCGAGGACAUGGACAUGUAUUUUAGAUUGUGGCACCGAGGACAUGAGGUCGUACAACCUUAUGGCGAAAUGUGCUCGUAUCAUAUGAUAAAGCAUGAGCACGAAAAGUUAAAUAAAGAGAACGAUGGCAGAUUUGGAUUGCUAAAAAACUCGAUUGACAGAAUGAAAUAUGAUGGACUAACAUCGAUCAGAUACAAAAUUCUUUCCGUGGAACGAAAUCGCCUGUUUACAAACAUCACUCUUAGUAUUGGAUACCCCAAUAAACCGUUGCUCGAAUUCAUGAACCAAGAAUAUGAUUCUUUCGAGGACAAAUGCGAAGCAAAAGCUCCUUGGCAACUCACAUGAUCUUCCCCUAUGACGUCAUAGACACGGUAGCGUCAAUGAGGGAUAUGGUUGCUACAAAUAGUUCAUCUUAUACUGUAAUUUGUUUAGUAAUGCUGCGCUUCGCGAUUAAAAAGGAUAAUUUAACGCCAAAUGCGGAGGCUUGCUUACUGAAGUAUUAACCUCUAAUGUCGAUAUUUCGCAUUUGUUAAUCCAAACAAAAAGCCACCGAUACGCCGGAGCUGGUACGGAUAGCGUCUUUUAUCCAUCCCUAAUUUAUGGCACCCCGGGUCAGGUGACGGGCAUUUGGCUUGAAGAACCAUACGCAACUCUAAUUCUAUGGCGUCAUCAAUAAAGAGAAAUUUGAAAU